GUGAAAACAAAUUUUAUAAUAAAUCAUAAAUUUGUCAUAAAUAAGUUAAAAAACUUAUUAUUAUUUUUAAAAAAAUCAUGAAAUUUGUCAUCGCACUUUUAGCACUGUUUGUCUAUGCCGUAUCGGCCGCACCCACAUCGGGACCGUCGGGCAGCACUCGCUCGCCGUACGACAAGUCUGAACUUGAGCGUCGGGCCCGAACACUUGAGGCCCGAUUGGAAAACGAUAUCCAACGUCUACAGGAAGUACAUAAACUGACCCGCGAGGAACUGGUCAAUCUGGUCGGUCUGGACGGUGAACUACGUAUAUUGUCGGCCGAACUGGCAUUGGCCCGAAAAGACGAUGAAUUACUUAGACUGGAGAAGCGAUUGGAUGCACUGGAAAAUGCUGUCGAAGCCGAGUUGAAACGUAUUGAAAAAUUGUUGACAUCGCCUACAGCUGGCCCACAGCCAACUUCGGCCGCACCUCAACCAACUACUGGUGCACCGGCAUCAACAAGAAAAUAGAUUUUUUUUAAAGUUUUUAUUUAAUUAAAAAAAAUAAAGUUGUUAGCUAAAAAUUAACAAAUAAAUAUUUUAUUAAUUAAUUAAUUUUAAAA